UGUAAAAAAAAGCAUAACUUUUUGAAGUUUCUGAAGUGAUUAAAUUUCGAACAUUUCGAUUUUCUUUCGAAGUUUUCGAAAUUGUAUUCCUGCUAGAAGAAGUUGUGGGGCAAGUCUUAUCUUAAAAUAAUCUUUGAAAGUGAUUAAAAUGUCAGAAGCAGAAGAUGAACGAACGAUACUUGAUUACCUCAACGAAGACUGCUGGCGCGCCGUGCUGCAAUAUGUGCCUAUUAAAGACCUCAUAAAGACAGAGCGCGCCAGCCGCCGGUGGCAGGGGGUAGUGCUGACGUACUUGAAAGGAGCAGGAGUCCGUAUCACAAUUGAAGAAUAUGACAGUGAAAAGAAACCUGUGUGUACCUUGAAGCAGUCGUCAUACAAGUCGUUUGAGAGUUGGACCCAAAAACUAGGCUUCUUAGUUGAGGCCACUUAUUGCGUUGGUUUGAAGAGUCUAGCAGUUAUCAAAAAAAAUUGCCCUAACAUAGAAGCCUUGAAGCUUAAGAAAGUGCAAAGCCGAACACCAAAACUACUGCGCCGCCACAAUCUACGUGAUAACUUCAAGUCUCUGAAACGGCUCACUUUCGAUUCGUGUGCUAUAACAGACAGCUGUGUGGACCAAUUCGUAGCAGAUAAAGCCUUAGAAGGACUAAAGUUCUAUUGUAGUUAUUCUUUGACUGGUGCUUUCUUCAAAAAUAUGAACUUGUCAAAUGUAAAGUACCUUGAGAUAGACUUGUGUAAGGAUUUUGAGUCCAAACACUUGCUUCCAGCUUUUGAUCGCCUUAGCGAGCUGACGAAGCUAAAACUGAGUACUAUUUCUGGUGAAUUUCUUGAAGGAAUUCAGGUGGGGUUGGAUAAGAUGCCGAAAUUGGAGAAGUUAUAUCUGGACGAUGAUGAGAGAAUGAGGGGGGAGUGCGGUCAGCAACUGAGUCGGCUGACGCGGUUGAAACACCUCAGGCUGGCGUACCAGAUGUUUGACGAAGACAUAGAGGCGAUAACGCGGUGCUGCCAAGAGCUGGUGACAUUGGAUUUGUCAGAUUGUCGAUCAAUGUGGCGCCGCAGCGUGCGCUCGAUAUGGAGGAACGCGGGCGCGCGCCUCACGGCGCUGACGCUCGGGCAGUUUGACGACAUAAAGGACGCCGACAUCGUGGCGCUCAUCCGCGGCUGUCCGAACCUCACGGUACUGUACUGUAGCCAUGAUACAGGGGCCGAUAUGGAGGAACAGUCGCCUCACGGCGCUGACGCUCGGGCAGUUCGACGACACAAAGGACGCCGACAUCGUGGCGCUCAUCCGCGGCUGUCCGAACCUCACGGUACUGUACUGUAGCCAUGAUACAGGGGCCGAUAUGGAGGAACAGUCGCCUCACGGCGCUGACGCUCGGGCAGUUCGACGACACAAAGGACGCCGACAUCGUGGCGCUCAUCCGCGGCUGUCCGAACCUCACGGUACUGUACUGUAGCCAUGAUACAGGGGCCGAUAUGGAGGAACAGUCGCCUCACGGCGCUGA